AAAGCUAUUGAAAAUCUGAUUUAACCUUUAAUGUUCCUUUCGAAAUAUCUCAAAAAAAUUAAGUAUAUAUAAUAUAUUGUUCCGGCUGUUUUUUUGUGCUUUUAUUGCACCUAAACUUUUCAAGCUGUAUCCCAUGGUGAACAAAUAUUUUUCAUUUCUCUUCUAGUUUUGGAGAUCUGAGUGUGACAGACGGACAUUUUGCACAAACCUAAUAGCGGCUUUUUCCCUUACGGGGGCCGCUAAAAAGAACUAUAGAUUGAAAAUCCUUGGUGUAUAAAAUGUACUAGAAUGGCGAUGUCUCCUUGGGGCGCUCCUGUGUUUAAUAAACGUCUGUUAGAUGAUGUGCUCUUUACCCUCUGAGCCUACUCUGAGUGUCUAUGUGUCUGAAACUCAUUAGCUCAUAAUAUCAAAUGCUAUCAUUUUUAUUGCAAUAUUCUUAUUCUUGCUAUAAAUAACAAACCAUGCGGAGUUAUUAACGUUACACAAAUCUGAGAACCUCUGAACAGCUCUGUCAUGUCAACAUUUUAAUUUUGUCAUUCAGAAACUGCAUGAAACACUUUGGAGACAUUGAACACAGCCACCACCAUAUUAAGUGGCAUUCAUUAGACAGAGCCAUUGGGCUGUUCCAGGGAGAUAAAUCACGUCAGGUGAAUGAAACGGGAUCAAACAGCGACAGACGAGUUUUGUUCAGGCAAAUCAAAUGUUUUCAUUUCACUCUGCUGUAAAUAAUGCAUUUCUCUGAGGACUACAUCCAAUCAACUAGAUUACACCAAAUACAAUGCCAUGUUCGAGUUGCGUUGUCACCGGGCGUUUCACUAAGAAAAAACAUCUUCAUAUCUUCAAAAGUCACUUUAUAAGUUUGGCAACUUGAGUUCCAUGCAGUGAGAUCGAUGACACAUCGACAGACAGACCGGAUUAAGACCGGGGGUGAUGGCGUGAGAACACGAGCAGGUCUCUAUAAAUAGAAGCCGCAAGACGACAUUUAAAGCUUUUACGCAAAUAGAUCAGCUGGAGUUUGGAAACGGGGUUGUACUUGCUGGGAUGCAAGAAGCGAUGGUGAUGUAAUAGACACUUUAGCACUGGAUAUACGACAUUUGCACAAUCAUUGGAAGCAGCAGCUAAACAAUGAAUGCUACUCUAGAACCCGGUUCUAACUCCAGGAAGCACGCAGCCAGCCCUAAACUGAAGGACUUGUUUGGACUUCAACGUGAAACUGACAAACGGAAAAAAGCUGAGAUUGAACUGGACAAUCUUCACUUUAAAAUAGAUGCAAUGUUAUCCAGCAUGUCUUCAGACUCAGCAAGCAGGAGAGUUCCACUAGACGAAGAGUGUGUUAUCUGUUUCUCUGCACCUGCCAUCAUGCAGACGUUUCCAUGCGGCCACAAAGUUGUCUGCAGGCGAUGUUUCGUCAAAACAAUUCAAAUGGCCGUCUGUCAACGAUGUUUGCCACUGCGCUGUGUUGUCUGUCGAGAUCAAAUUUUGAGACUCAACAAUACAUUGCCCCACCAUAGCCCCUCCACAGCAAGAGUGGUCACCCCAACAUUCUUCACUCCACCAUUAUCAAAAUCCAGUCGACUGUCCAUUGGUCCACUACUGACCAUUAAUUUACUGCACAAACCAUGGAAACCUAACAAUUGCUCAUUUCGUGCAAGGCAUUCACCAAAGUCAAAACCGGAAAGCAAGAUUCCUGCAGUGGAAUCCACAACGAGAAUGUCUGUAACAGACUCACACAAAGAUUCCAGUGAUAGAGAUUGUGAUAUAGAAACUUUAGUCUCAUCACAUAGCGAUACAUUUACUCGGAAUAUGAAGACACGAGACUUGAGACAACAGACACCAGACAUCAAACAGAAGACACCAGACAUCAAACAGAAGACACCAGACAUCAAACAGCAGACGACAGACUUUCGAUGUCGUAUGAAACCAAAUGACAAGACAUUGGACCAUGACGUGUUACGAGGAGGCCAGCACUGUAAAAUACACCCAGAAUCAAGUCAACCUGUGUAUUCCUUUUUAGAGUCGAACCAAGCAGUUGGCGGACCGACUUCUCUGUCUGGUGCUACACCAAAACUUAACAAGGCCACACAAUUUUUUAGCAAAUUUUGGCCAAGGUCAAGUCGCCAUAAACAAACUUCAGCUCUUAAAAAGGAUUGAUUCAAUUAUUUAUUUAAGUCACACAUUAAUUAGAAAUAAAAAAAAAUGUCAAUGUAGACUAGUGUAUUUCUUUGAAAACUCUGUAUCGCCAAAAUCACUUGUGCACAUCAACCUUGCAUUCAUGAGGAGUCAAACAUUCUAUAGACUCACUUUGUAGUCAAUGGAAGAAAAUACAAUUUAUUAUUUCAAAGUU